CCCACUGCUGUUUAAGCACAUGAAAACUGUAGUAAAGAGGGAUGUCAACGAAUGGGUCAUCGAGACAGAGCGGGAGGUGUCAAAGGGCUGCAAGAACGCUAAGGAUGUGGCAUUUGUGCCAUUGUUGGCUGCGUAUUUUGGCGUCAAAGAAGAGGCCCUCUUCAAAGUUUUCGAGCAUGGUACAAGUAUAACAGACGUGGUUUCUGAGUUGCCACCUACGCCCAUCAUUGCAGCACUAGGAACCAUCUUUUCGGACAAAUGCUAUGUGGCCUGUGAGCAGGAACUGUUUUGCGAAGCAUCCAAUUUCACCGAGGCAGUCUGCGUAAUGUUCCUGACUUACUAUGCUUUCAACAUGAUGUACGCGAACAAUGCUGCGACAACACUGGAAUUCUUGCAAAGGCAGCUGUUCCUCAUCAAUCCACCAACCGGUAAAAAGCGGGAAGGGGGACAGCGGUCAAGGACAGUGGUUAAUUCGAGAAAUAUGAAGCUGAACCAUGUGCUUCGAGCAAACGUCUCACCCGAGCAGCUGGACUCUGACCAGUGAACACAGUGCACAAUACUGCACAUUGUUAC